GCUCGCGACGCUCCCCGCUUAACGCCAUGGCGGCUCUCAGCAAACUCCUGACGGUGAAGAACUCGGCUCUGGGGGCUACCGCCGUGCUGGUGCUGCUCGCACUCGCCAGGCGACGGAGGAGCGGCACGCUGCACAGUAAGCUUGAUGGAAAAGGUUCUCUUCAUUGUGAGAAAGAAGGGAAAAAAGAGAAAGCAGUUGUAGAUAAAGUUUUCUUUGGAAGGAUCUGGCGAAUUUUGAAGAUAAUGGUGCCUGGAAUGUUUUCACAAGAGUCUGCCUACCUGUUACUCAUUGCGGUGAUGCUUGUUGCUCGAACUUACUGUGAUGUCUGGAUGAUUCAAAAUGGAACCAUGAUUGAAAGUGCAAUUAUUGGUCGGAGCACCAAAGAUUUCAAGAGAUAUCUAUUCAACUUUGUUGCUGCAAUGCCAGCUAUAUCUUUGGUAAAUAAUUUCCUGAAAUUGGGCUUGAAUCAACUGAAACUUCGAUUCCGAAUACGGCUCACCAAUUACCUGUAUGAGGAGUACUUAAAAGGUUAUACAUACUAUAAAAUGGGUAAUCUUGACAACAGAAUAGCAAAUGCGGAUCAGCUGUUAACACAAGAUGUGGAGAAAUUUUGCAACAGUGUAGUGGACUUGUAUUCAAAUCUCAGCAAGCCACUCUUGGACAUCAUUCUGUAUAUAUUUAAAUUGACAAGCGCAAUAGGCGCUCAGGGACCUGCAAGCAUGAUGGCUUACCUGAUAUUUUCAGGUCUGAUCCUAACUCGACUCAGGAGACCAGUUGGUAAAAUGACAGUAUCGGAACAAAGAUAUGAAGGUGAAUACAGAUACGUCAACUCUCGACUUAUUACAAAUAGUGAAGAAAUUGCCUUUUACAAUGGAAACAGUCGAGAAAAACAGACCAUACACACCACUUUCAAAAGACUGGUGGAUCACCUGCACAAUUUCAUUGUCUUCCGUUUCACCAUGGGAUUUGUGGACAGUAUAAUUGCCAAAUAUCUUGCUACUGUUGUGGGUUAUCUAGUAGUAAGCCGACCUUUUUUGAAUCUCUCCCAUUCUCGCCAUCAGAAAAGCAGCCAUGCUGAACUACUGGAGGAUUACUAUCAAAGUGGUCGUAUGUUACUGAGAAUGUCUCAGGCUCUUGGGAGAAUAGUGCUGGCUGGUCGUGAGAUGACAAGAUUAUCUGGUUUCACAGCUCGAAUCACUGAAUUAAUGCAAGUCUUGAAAGAUCUGAAUUGUGGAAAGUAUGAACGCACAAUGGUUUCUCCACAAGAUAAGGGUUCAAAAGGUCAGCCUUUGAUACCAGGGAAUGGGGAAAUCAUUAUUAUGGAUCAUAUUAUCAAAUUUGAGCAUGUGCCAUUGGUGACACCAAAUGGAGAUGUCUUGAUUCCAGAUCUCUCUUUUGAGGUCAGGUCAGGAGCAAAUGUUCUUGUCUGUGGUCCAAAUGGAUGUGGAAAGAGCUCACUCUUCCGUUGCUUAGGAGAGUUAUGGCCUCUUUUUGGAGGACGUCUAACAAAACCAGACAGAGGGAAGCUGUUUUAUGUACCUCAGCGACCAUACAUGACUCUGGGAACUCUGAGAGAUCAGGUGAUCUACCCUGACACACUGGAAGAUCAGAGGCGGAAAGGAAUAUCUGAUCUGGUCCUGAAAGAGUAUCUGGACAAUGUACAGCUUGGCCAUAUCCUGGAACGUGAAGGAGGCUGGGAUUGUAUUCAGGACUGGAUGGAUGUACUCAGUGGAGGGGAAAAGCAACGAAUGGCUAUGGCUCGAUUAUUCUACCACAAACCACAGUUUGCAAUUUUAGAUGAAUGUACCAGUGCAGUUAGUGUUGAUGUUGAAGGCUAUAUCUACAGCCACUGCAGAAAGGUUGGCAUCACUUUGUUCACUGUGUCACACAGAAAAUCUCUCUGGACUCACCAUGAGCAUUAUCUGCACAUGGAUGGUAGAGGCAAUUAUGAAUUUAAGCCAAUUACUGCAGAUACAGUAGAAUUUGGUUCUUAAAAUCCAUCUGUCGAUCUGUUUCCGACACAAGAAGAGGAUUGACUUACAGAAGAAAUCUGUACAAUAUGCAUUCUACCCUGCACUAAAUAUUUCAGUUUGUAAUUAAUUCUCAGUUGUAAGGUAUUGUAAUAAGACUGAACAAUUGAUUAAUUUGUAGUCUUGUUGAGAGCUGUAUAUUUGGAAAUAAUUAAUAUUGAGACCUGUAGAUCCAGUAAUGUUCACCUAGGAAAUGUUUGAAUUAAUACUUUAAUGAAGAUGACUUGUAAUGUUUUAUGUACAGUAUAAAUGAAGUAAUCUAGGAAUGCACUACAUGAUGGCAUGUUCUUGUUAUGCAAUAAUUUGAUAUCUACAACUCAUUUCCUAAUGUUUUA